CUGCUGAAAUUACAUUUAUGUUUUUACUUCUUCGUUAUAGAUUAAAAUCUGUCUGAAAAUACAUUUCCUACAUUUGCGAAUUAUAAGAUAAUAAGUGAUAAUCGAACAGUAAUUCUAAGUUACGUAAAUAUGGAAAAAGUGUCACCGUUCCGCCCAAAAAUCAUGAGUAAAAAAAGAACUGCUGGAGAUGGAAUGGAAUCUGAUCAAAAAAUCAUUGAAAAUAAGUCUACUGCUGUUGGAACAACUGAAACUUGUGUCCUCGAAAAACAAAAGACAUGCCUUCUUCCGGAGCGUUUAAUUCAGCUUUAUCCCAGUAAUGUGAUAAGGUCGGAUAAAAGGAGAUCAAUUAAUACGAAAACUCCAAAGUUUGUGCCUUACGAACCGUACCCGGCUGCCGUGAAACCUAUAACUACGCAAGCCUAUUCCAAAACAAAAAAAUCUAGAAAUAAUAUGGACAUAAACACUCUUAUAUCACAAAUGGCGCAGAUGAAUACUAAUUUAAAUGAGUUUAAACCGAGGCCCAAAUUGAAUUCUGUUGGAGACAAGCUACCCGUAGAGGUUAAAACAACAAAUCCUGAAAAAGAUGAACUUCAGAAGAAAGUCCUUUUUUUAACAAAAGAAAAUGAUUCUCUUAAAGAACAAUUAAAACAACAAGUUCAGGUCAACAAAGAACUUAAAACUAUGCUAGUGGCUUCAAUGGGUGAAGAUCUUGAAACACAAGUUCAAUCAUUAAACGAGGAUAAGAAACAUUUAGCAAAUGCAUUACUAAACUCAGCUCAACAUUUGUCUACACAUCAGGAACAAACAGAAUGGUUAGCUGGUCAAUGUGAAGUUUGGAGAAGUAAAUUUCUUGCAAGCAGUUUGAUGGUAGAAGAAUUAGCAACUUGCAAGAAGCAACUGAAUGAGAAAACGGAAAAUCUUCAACAAGCUAUUAAACAACUUUUAGAUGAAAAAUGUAGAGUAAGAGAUAUGUUGCUUUGCACAUACAAAAAUUUGUACAGUUUACACGAAAAGUGGCUUGAAAAUGUCACAAUUUCAGAAUACACUGGUAGUGGUAGAUUAUACAAUCGUCCUAUUGGGAAUAUGAACUUCAAUGCGACAUUACCACAUUCAGGAAACGUAAUAGACCUUGCUUGUGUCAACUUAAAAUUGUCUGAGAAUCUAAGCAGUUCAGUUGAAAAGCAGGACAUAAGCCACAUAAACAGUUUACCAACGAGGACUGAAGGGGAGAAGAAUGCUGAAAAUGUUAUGGCAAUGCCAUUAGAUAUAAAAAGAAGCAAUGAAGUCCCAGUGAAUGCCUUAGUUCAUCACGCCUACAGCAGUAGUGGUAAUACAGUUCGUCCAGUGGCCUCUUGUGUCCAUUGUAAUGGAAGAGUUCAGUUGUUAUAAAACAAUGUUAUCUUGAAGAGAAAGAAAA